AUGAUCAAAGCUAGGAACCUUUUUGCCUUAUUGGCAGUGAUAUUCAUUAUUGGACUUGUUAAUGGCCAGACUACACCGAAUUGUGCCCAAGCAGGAGGUUCUUGCCCCUUUGGAAGUGUUUGUUACAAGCCAUCUUCAUUAAGUCAACCUGCUUGUGUUAGUAGAUGUGCUUUCAAGAAGUGCCAAACUGGUACAAUCUGUUCAAUUGAUAGACAAGGCAAUGCUGCCUGUUUAACCUCAGCUGGCCAGUCCUCCACCACAGCCUCUACAACUGCUUCCACCCAAUCAACUGUUGCCACAACCACUGUGUCGACAACUGAUGCAUCAUUGUCCACAUCUACUACUGCCACUACAACAGUGUCUACUCAGUCUACAGUAGCCACCACUACUGUGACCACAACUUCACAGCCAACAGUUGCCUCGACAACUGUCACUACCACUGUCUCAACACAGUCUACUGUAGCCUCGACUACUGCCACUACCACUGCAACUAUCGCAACAUCGACAACGGCCACCACCACUGUGUCAACACAGUCCACAGUCGCUUCGACCACUGCUACUACGACUGCAUCAAUCGCCACUUCUACUACUGCCACCACAACUGUGACAACUACUGCAUCGACAACCAACCAGGCAUCAACCAUUACUCAGACUACCACAGCCUCAACAACUGUCACUACUACUGCGGCCACCUCUGCAUCUUCAACUACCGCUUCAACAACAGCAUCUACUACAGCAACAACCACGGCAUCUACCUCAGGUGCAGCGUCGACCAUCACACAGACCACGACGGCAACAACAACUGUAUCAACAACAGCCACAACUACCAGCCGUCCACUUACCACCACUGCGUCGACCACUGCCACAACGACUGCCACCACGACUGCUACCACGUCUGGACCAGCUUCCACCAUUACGGCGACCACCACCGCUACGUCCACAGCAUCUACCACUGCUUCAACCACCGGCAGCCCAAUCCGAUCAUUAGUUGAAGAUGAAGCCGCAGGCGAAGAGCCAAUCGCUGACGAGAUUGUGGAGGUGGUUGACACUGAACUCGAGGAGGAGUCGAUUGAGGUC